UUUAGAGAACAUACUAUGGAUAUUCUGCGCCCACAACUUAUAAGAAUUGAUGGACGAAUUUAUAGGAAAAAUCCUAUCCAAGAACAGACUUACCAGCAUGAAGAAGAUGAUGAGGACUUCUUUGAAGGUAAUGUGGAGUGUGGAGAAGAGCCCUGUGAAACCUAUGUGGUGGUGCAGACGCAACGGGGUUUCCAGUGUUCCGUGAGGGCACCCAGCCAGCUCUACAAGCAUAUUGUUGGAAAGAGAGGGGACACCAAGAAGAAAUUGGAAAUGGAGACCAAAACUGCUAUUAGCAUCCCCAGACCUGGACAAGAAGGAGAUAUUGUUAUCACUGGCCAGCAUCGAGGUGGCGUUGUUUCAGCACGAACUCGGAUUGACGUUCUCUUGCACACUUUUAGAAGGAAGCAACCCUUUACCCACUUCCUCGCCUUUUUCCUCAAUGAAUCUGAGGUUCAAGAGCGAUUCCUGAAGUUCCAGGAGGAAGUGCUGGAGAAGUGCUCCAUGGACCGUGGUGUUGAUAGCACCAUUUUCCAGAAGCCAAAAAAACUUCAUUUAACUAUUGGGAUGCUGGUGCUGCUGAGUGAGCAAGAGAUUCAGCAAACGUGUGAGAUGCUGCAGCAGUGUAAGCAGGAGUUCAUUGAUGAGAUUUCUGGAGGCAAACCCCUGGAAGCAGAGAUGGCAGGGAUAGAAUAUAUGAACGAUGACCCAGGCAUGGUGGACGUUCUUUAUGCCAAAGUCCAUAUGAAAGAUGGCUCCAACAGGCUUCAGGAAUUAGCUGAUCGAGUGUUGGAACGUUUCCAGUCAUCAGGACUAAUAGUGAAAGAGUGGAAUAGUGUGAAACUCCAUGCCACAGUCAUGAAUACGCUUUUCAGGAAAGACCCAAAUGCUGAAGGCAGGUACAAUCUUUACACACCGGAUGGCAAAUAUAUCUUCAAGGAAAGAGAAUCAUUUGAUGGACGGAACAUUUUAAAGCUGUUUGAGAACUUCUACUUUGGUGCUCUGAAGCUCAACUCCAUUCACAUCUCCCAGAGGUUCGCAGCAGACAGCUUUGGAAACUACGCCUCCUGUGGACAGAUUGACUUCUCCUGA